AUGACCUCACAAUGGUUGAAUGUCUGUGUUUUAAUAAAAUGCACUAAGAAUAAUGUGCUGAAGUACUGUGUCAUGAGCACAGACAUCUACAMGAUCCCUUGCCAGUCAAAGAGACGGAGAAAAAGUGCAAGUACUGUCUGGACAAACAGUCUCUUUUACAAUCCUUCAGUCAACAAGAUGAGUAACAGUUUGUUUUACUUGGUAUCUGAAGAUAUCUUGUUGAAGAUKUUUUCUUUUUUGACUCUUCGAGAUUUGCAGACAGCUUCAAAGGUUUGUAAAAUAUGGCGACGGGUCAGCAGAGACAGCUCGCUAUGGUCAUCUCUCAACCUYCAGCCAUACAGCAACACAAUCAAAGACAAAACUCUUCUAGAUAUCUUAACAAAUAACUUCGCUCCUCUUGGACGAAAACUUUCACUCAGUGAAUUCAACGUCAAUUCUAAUACCAUACAGUUUCUGUUCCGAGAAUGCAAGUAUCUACACACUUUAGAUUUACGAAAAUGUAAAUUCCAAAUCACUAAUGGCCAGUGGUACGUUGGAUUUGACUUCAAGUCUUUGAAAAGAAUUGAUUUGAGGGAUGUUCGUGGGUAUUCACUGGAAGUUGAGUCUGUGUUAGAGCAGGCUGAUGGUCUGGAAUGCUUAGGUAUGUACUGUUGCUUCCCUUCGCGUAUCAGCCAAWCAGUAUUCAGCAACAAGCCUCAACUGCGCAUACUCGACUGCAGCCAAUGUGAUUGGCUGAUAGAUGACUUUGUUGACGUCAUCGCGAAAAAUUGUCCUCGACUUGAGUAUCUUUCUCUUGCUCGGUGUUACAACUACAUCGGCCAUUCACUGAAGACAUUACUGAAACACUGUCACAAACUUACAACUCUUCUAUUAACUGGGACAAGAAUAGAUGAUUCUAGUUUGACGGAUGCAGAUUGGGGUGSCUCSAACAUAACRUCUUUAGACAUUCAACACUGUGCCCGCGUAUCCCACGUUGGUGUUACAGCGGUUUUAUCAAGCAUACAACGCCUGCGCUACUUAAAGUGUGCGCUGACUGAAGAAGACUGCAGGGCCUUACAACACAAAGGGUUCCCGCAUGUCAAAACCCUCCAGAUUAAUAGRCGYUUUCCUAUAAUCAUCGACAACGCUGUUAACCUUUUGAUUGGAUGUCCUAUGAUCACGUGUUUGRACAUUUCCUCGAUACCAUUCUCUCACGUCCAUUUUAAAGCUUUUUUACCCAGCAUGYCUCAKUUGAAAAGGAUCUGUGUCGCAGCUAAUGAAAUAAGUGGUACAAAUCACAUCGUCGAUACAUUGGCCGAAUAUAACCCGUAUAUACACGCUAUAUGGAUAAUAUAUUAUCACUGCAAUGAGAGAGAAAAUAUCAUCAAUGCCUUUAUUAGGAUGGCUACAAAUUGUAAAUGCUUGAAAAAAGUGAAUUUAACUGGUCUUUAUGUAAGUGAGUUUCUUAAGGAACUUCAGCUUGAUGUAGAAAUUGCUACAGGAAGAACAGAUAUUGAAUUUAUGCAAAAUCAGAUAUUCCCGUUGCCACAACCUGAAAAUAACCUUGACGAAAGUAUGAAGUUUUGA